ACUUUGUCUUCUUUCCAUGUUCUAAAACUCGAAACCGCCGUCGCCACUGUUCUCUUUCUCUCUCCCUUCUUUUCUUUUUUUGAUAAACUUCUCUCUCCCUUCUUCUUCUUCUUCUUCUUCUUCGGUCUUCUGUGUCUCACCUUAUUGUCUGUCCUCACGGUAACCUGCGAGCUGUGGGUCAUCUCUCCUUCUCUCCCUCCUCUUUCUCCUCCUCCUUCUCCUCCUCCUUCUCCUCCUUUUCCCAUUCCGUUAUUGUGUCUCCACCGUCAAAUGCCCUGUUUAACCACCCAAGCUUGCGAUAUCCACGCCAAGUGAAGGUCAGCGGUUACCCUGGGCUUCUGUGUCUCACUCGUUGCAGUGUAAAGAGGCUACUCUUUCCAUUCGUGGAGGCUAGCUUGGGUAUCUCACUAAAGUGAUGGCGUAACAGGGUGUGGAGUAGCAUUGGAUGUCGUGUUGAGGGGACUUUGCAUUGAGCUUAUCGAGAGAGAGGAUUUCUUGUCCGGGACUUCUUCGAAAUCCACCAAGUUAAUUCAUGGUGCCUUGAGUUUUGAUUGGCAAGUGCAAUCAAAAUAUGGAAUCCUCCACUUUGCUGUUUAACCAGCUUAAGGCUGCAGAACCUUUUUUCUUAUUAGCGGGUCCUAAUGUGAUUGAAUCAGAGGAGCACAUUUUACGGAUGGCCAAACACAUAAAGAGUAUCGCCUCGAAACUUGGUUUACAGCUGGUAUUCAAGUCAAGCUUUGAUAAGGCUAACCGUACAUCCUCCAAAUCAUUCCGUGGUCCUGGAAUGGCUGAAGGUCUAAAGAUACUUGAAAAGGUCAAAAUAGCAUAUGACAUCCCUGUAGUGACAGAUGUUCAUGAGGCUAGCCAGUGUGAACCUGUUGGCAGGGUUGCAGAUAUUAUUCAGAUUCCAGCUUUUCUGUGCCGUCAGACAGAUCUUCUGGUUGCAGCUGCAAAGACUGGGAAAAUUAUCAAUAUUAAGAAGGGCCAAUUUUGUGCUCCUUCUGUCAUGGUAAAUUCUGCAGAGAAAGUUAGAUUAGCAGGGAAUCAAAAUGUAAUGGUCUGUGAGCGGGGAACCAUGUUUGGCUAUAAUGACUUGAUUGUUGACCCACGCAACUUGGAGUGGAUGAGGGAAGCUAAUUGUCCUAUUGUAGCAGAUGUUACACAUUCAUUACAGCAACCUGCUGGGAGGAAGCUGGAUGGUGGAGGUGUUGCUAGUGGGGGUCUUCGUGAACUAAUACCAUGUAUUGCAAGGACAUCAGUUGCUGUUGGAGUGGAUGGAAUCUUUAUGGAGGUGCAUGAUGAUCCUUUAAAUGCGCCUGUCGAUGGUCCAACACAGUGGCCCCUGCGCCAUUUGGAAGAGCUACUAGAGGAGCUCAUUGAGAUUGCUAGAGUCAGCAGGGGGAAGCGUCCAUUCAAAAUCGAUCUAACACCAUUUUGUGAGCCGUAGUAGCUCACAAAGGUAAGCAAGCUAUGACUGCAAGACAGUGAGAGGAUUUUCUUACCUAGGUGAUAUGAAACCUACACUAGUUAUGUUAUUACUACUAUUUGAUAAUGCACUGACAUUGGCUUUAAGACGUUUUAUGAUCACUAUAUGAUAAAGUACAUACUUUAUCAAAUUAAUCUAUUAUAGAAUGCAGGCAAUCAGACAUGUUAUUUUCAUA